UGGAAAUUCUCAGUCACUGUUUUUUGUUGUUCCCGCCUUUUUGGUCCUCGGUCGGUGCGAUCUGUCUGGGCCACCACUCGAUACUUUUCUUUUUGGGUCGUCCCUGGACUUGCAUAGCUUCUGAAUAAAUAAAUGGCAACAGCCACAGCGGCUACUGAAUCGUCAGCAAUGACCGCGACGCUGAAACCGCUGCAGCAGCAGCAACAGAAGCAGAAGCAGCAGCCGGGCCAUGCACUCUUGCGCUCGCUCAUUGGCGGCGUCUCGUGUGCCGUCGCUUCAGUGAUUACCAAUCCGCUGGACGUGGCCAAGGUCAGACUGCAAGGCCAAAUCACAGCGACCAUCCUGCUCACACCUCCUCGCUCGGCAGCAGCAUCACACGCUGCUCCACUGCCGCCACCGCCGCCGCUCUACAAUGGGCUGAUUCGUGGGAUGCAGACCAUUGUGCAGCAAGAGGGUCUGCGAGGCCUGUUCAAAGGAGUCACUCCCUCCAUCUUGCGAGAGCUCACGUACGGCUCCAUUCGCUUGGGACUGUACGAACCGCUGCGAAACGAAUUCGCAGCGCAGCUUGGAUCGCAGACACUGGCCAUGUUCACGGCCGGAAUUGUCAGUGGAAGCAUCGCCAGCGUCGUCUCCACGCCAACGGAUGUGGUCAAGACGCAGAUGCAAAGUCAUGCGGCCGCAGCUGCAGCCAAACAGGCAGCAUCGGCAGCGGCAGCGGCAGCGACGAAACCUACCGUCCUGCCAACCGUCCUGCCAACUGUAGGCACUGCUAUCACUACCGCUACAGCUCCCACGCACAUCCAUGUCGUGCCUAUUGCAACAGCUCAUCCUGCCGCUGCUGCUGCUGCCGCCGGCGGCGUCUUGCCAGUGUACACACAACAGCCUGCCGUGCACACAGAAACGGCCGUUCGUGCGCGCGCUACUGCAGCAGCCGCUGGUGCUUUGCCCACCGUGACGCGCACACCAUAUAAACACACGCUGGACGCUUUCGUUCGAAUUGCACAAGAGGAAGGCAUUGCCGGGCUGUGGCGGGGAGUCGGGCCAAACGUCAUUCGCGCUGCCAUCGUCUCGUCGAGCCAAAUCGGCACGUACGACCUGGUGAAGAACGAGCUGCUGCGCAAACAACUCGGCAUGCCAGAAGGCUUGACGCUUCACUUUGCAGCCAGCCUCGUCGCCGGACUGGUCACCACAACAGCCAGCACGCCUGCGGACUGCGUCAAAACCCGCGUCAUGCAAGACCGCGAGGGCAAAUACCAGGGCUCGAUGGACUGCUUCCGCAAGACGUUGCAACAAGAAGGGCCUCGAGCCUUCAUGAAGGGUUGGGUGCCUGCGUGGUUGCGACUCGGCCCUCACACGGUCAUCACGUUCAUGCUGAUUGAGCGCCUUCGGUUUUGGUGCGGCUUGAAUUCGUUGUAGUAUCAUGGCAUGCACGUUCCCAACUAUUUAUCAAUGUACUUGUUGAAAAUUGCGA